GUGUAUAGGAGUAUUACAAUGUACAUGAUUUAUAUUCUGGAAUAAAAUAUUAAUACAGGGCCUUGGAGCCCUUCCAAAAAUUGUUAAAGAAAUUGUUAAUUGAAGAUCCAUCAGAUCCAGGUUCAACAAUACACACAGUGGAUGCACCUUUAAAUACCAGACAAACUAUGUGAGGCUAUUGUGGGUUGGCCUCUUACUAUCAUCUCUUUGUUUAUAUAUUGCAUGUAAACCCAGCCCAUUACAAGCCCAUUUACAAGCCCAGCCUAACAACGAGCCUAACAAUGAAACGUUUCCUAGCCAUUACGGGUUGUACUGGCCUAGCGGUCGGUCUAACAGCUCUCUCCCUCUCAACUGGUAGCGACUGGAGCUACAGGUACGUUGCAAUGCCUCUCGUUCGACUAAUGGACCCCGAGAGAGCUCACAGAGCUGCUGUCCGCCUUGCAAACUGGGCUCCAUCUACACACGUGGAGGACGAGAAAAUAUUGAAUACUCAAGUUUGGGGUCUGUCGUUUUCAAAUCCAAUCGGCAUGGCAGCUGGGUUUGAUAAACAUGGGGAGGCUUAUGUUGGGUUGUUUAAAGUUGGUUUUGGGUUCGUUGAGAUUGGGAGUGUCACACCACACCCACAGCCUGGGAACUCACGCCCACGGGUUUUUAGACUUAAUGAGGACAAAGCCGUCAUUAAUAGGUACGGGUUCAAUAGUGAUGGGCACUACAUAGUGAAGGAGAGAAUUAUGAAAUGGGCGGAGCAAAAGAAGCAGUUUCCACGGCGACAGCUAGGUGUUAACUUGGGAAAGAACAAGACUAGCACUGAUGCUGUUGAUGAUUACGUUCAAGGAAUCAGAGAACUAGGGGGACAUGCAGAUUACAUUGUCAUCAAUAUCUCGUCUCCUAACACUCCUGGAUUGAGAUCCUUACAAGGUAAAGAACAUUUAGUGAAGUUGCUUCAGAAAGUGAGAGAAGAGAGAGACAAGUUAUCAGGUCUACCAUGUCCUCCAGUUUUAGUUAAGAUAGCACCAGAUUUGAAUGAUAGUGAUAAAGAAGACAUUGCAGAAGUUGUAAUAAGAAAAGAAGGCGGAGCUGAUGGCAUUAUUAUUUGCAAUACGACAGUUUCUCGUGAAAACCUCAAGAGUUCUCAUAGAUCAGAGGCAGGAGGUCUAAGUGGGGAACCCUUAAAAGGUUUAUCAACUCAACUGAUUCAGGAAAUGUAUCAACUUACUAAAGGUAAAGUACCAAUUAUAGGAGUGGGAGGAGUCAGUUCUGGUCAAGACGCUUACGAUAAGAUCAGAGCAGGUGCUAGUCUAGUACAGUUAUAUACUGGACUAGUCUAUGAGGGACCACCAUUAGUGGGUAGGAUCAAGAAAGAACUGGCUCUUUUAUUGAAGUAAGUUAUGGUACUAUGAUAGGGAGAAGAGUGUCAGAAACUGUAAUAAAAAUUAAAAGUGUAAAGCCAUUUAGCAUGGGCUAUAAUACAAGGUAUUUUUCAGAUUCUGGUAUU